AUGGACAAAAUGGUGCUACCACGAACACAAAAAAUAUUCUAUGGAGUUGGUCAUAUCCUCAAUGAUUUAUGCGCAAACUGCUGGUUUAGUUACGUUCUCAUAUAUAUGACCAAGCUAGCUGGACUAUCUGAAAGAAAUGCAGGACUGGUACUGCUAAUUGGUCAGGUGGCGGAUGCAUUAUUUACUUUAAUUAUCGGCUACAGUUGUGACAAAACAAAAAUAACCUGGUAUGGUAAACGAAAGUUAUGGCAUGGCAUUGGAACGACAUGUGUUUUGAUUAGUUUCCCAUUUGUGUUUAAUCUUUGCAUCGGCUGCAGUAAUUCAUCAGCGACAGUGAAGCUAGUGUACUACUCUGCCUUCGUUAUUGUUUUUCAAUUUGGUUGGGCAGCAACUCAGAUCGCUCAUUUGUCUUUGAUUCCUGAUAUUACUUCCAAAGAAAGUCAAAGAGUUGAGCUAAAUGCUAUCAGAUCAGGAUUGACGUUUGUUUGUGGUAUAUUUGUUUAUGGAACAACCUGGUUGUUGCUAGGCACAACAGAUGGUGAGAAUGUCGAUUCAUCUGUGUCCAAACAGUUUAUGAUAUUAGCGUUCAUUGUUGUCAGUACUGGAUUUGUCUUUUCGUUAAUCUUUCACAUCGGUACAAAGGAGAGACGACAUAAAAUGGAUGAAAUAGAGAAAGAGACAGUAACUAAAUUUGUUACUUUUGUACCAAUAGGCAAAUGUGGGCUUAAAAGAUUCAGUACAAAAAGCUUUAAUCAGGAAACUGUUUCAUCUGUGAAAAGCUCCAGUUCUAAUGAUGUUGACAAAACUAUUGCUAUUAAUAACGGUAAAGGCAAAACUUGGAAGGAUUGGUUAAAAGACAUUCGAUUAUAUAAGACUGCACUUAUGUAUAUGUCUACAAGACUGGCUAUCAAUGUGUUCCAAUCAUACUUUGCACUAUAUCUUACUGAUGCUUUACACUUCAAAAAGGAAGCCAUUGCAUAUUUUCCAUUGAUUGUACUGAUUGCUGGAUCCUUCACAAGUUUUUUUGUGAAAUUCGUCACAAAAAAAAUUGGCAGUCAGCUGACGUACGUGUUGGGUGCUUUAAUGAUCGUCGGGUCUAGUUUUUGGUUAUUUUCAGUUGCUAAAGAGCACAAGAAAGCUGUCUAUGGUGCAGCCUGGUUGGCUGGGAGUGGAAGCUCCAUUAUAUUGGUCACAUCGCUGGCUAAAACGGCUGAGUUGGUUGGCACAGAUAAGAGAUCAAGUGCUUUUGUUUAUUCAGCAAUGAGCUUUACAGAUAAAUUAUCAACGGGAAUUGUUAUCUUUGUUAUCCAGACUUUAAAACCAAGCGUUUCAGCAGGGUGAGUUCAUUAAGUAAGCAAUAGAUGACUUGACAAUGUUUAUAGAAGUUUAUGGACCUUUGCAGGGCUUUUUUUGCGCACGCGCACAUGUUCUUGUAGGUAAUAAAAGCAGAAUCGUUGGGAAGAAAUUGGCUAUUAUUGACACUUAUAUAGAUUUUGUAAACUAU